CCCACCAUGGAAGACGGACGCGAGCUGGACCUCACCUACAUCACCGAGCGCAUCAUUGCGGUCUCCUUCCCCGCCGGCUGCUCCGAGGAGUCCUACCUGCACAGCCUGCAGGAGGUGACGCGCAUGCUGAGGUCCAAACACGGGGACAACUACCUGGUGUUAAACCUUUCCGAAAAGAGAUAUGACCUUACGAAGCUUAACCCAAAGAUCCUGGACGUGGGCUGGCCAGAGCUGCACGCACCGCCCCUGGACCAGGUGUGCACCAUCUGCAAGGCGCAGGAGUCCUGGCUGAACAGCGACCCCCAGCACGUGGUGGUCAUCCACUGCAGGGGCGGAAAGGGACGCAUCGGCGUGGUCAUAUCAUCCUACAUGCACUUCACCAACGUCUCGGCCAGUGCCGACCAGGCCCUCGACAGGUUUGCGAUGAAGAAGUUCUACGAUGAUAAAGUUUCAGCUUUAAUGCAGCCUUCCCAGAAACGGUACGUGCAGUUUCUCAGCGGGCUCCUGUCGGGGAUGGUUAAGAUGAAUGCCUCGCCACUGUUCCUGCAUUUUGUCAUCCUGCAUGGCACUCCCAACUUCGACACGGGUGGAGUGUGCCGGCCCUUUCUGAAGCUCUACCAAGCCAUGCAGCCCGUGUAUACGUCCGGGAUCUACAACGUCGGCCCGGAAACCCAGAGCAGGAUCUACAUCGCCAUCGAACCUGCCCAGCUGCUGAAAGGGGACAUCAUGGUCAAGUGCUAUCACAAGAAGUACCGCUCAGCCACCCGCGAUGUGAUUUUCCGCCUGCAGUUUCACACGGGGGCCGUUCAGGGCUACGGACUCGUGUUCGGGAAGGAGGAUCUGGACAAUGCGAGCCAAGAUGACCGUUUUCCUGAUAAUGGCAAGAUUGAGUUGCUUUUCUCCGCCACUCCCGAGAAGAUUCAAGGGUGUGAACACUUGCGCAAUGACCACGGCGUGAUCGUGGACUUCAACACCGCAGACCCCCUCAUCCGCUGGGACUCGUACGAGAGCCUGAGUGCUGGUGGAGAAGUGCUGCACACGCAAGGCCCCGUCGAUGGCAGUCUUUAUGCCAAGGUGAGGAAGAAGAGCGCCUCGGAUCCUGGCGUCCCCGCCGCCGGCAGCCCAGACCACGGCGACCACACCCUGUCGGUCAGCAGUGACUCUGGCCACUCCACCGCCUCUAUCAGGACCGAGGAGCACCUUGCUGUGGGGCCCAGGCGGGGCCUGAGCCCCCAGGAGAAGGCCGAGCUGGACCAGCUGCUCAGCGGCUUUGGCCUGGAAGAUUCUGGAAGCCCCAUCAAGGACAUGACCGAUGCUCCCAGCAAGUACAGUGGGACACGCCACGUCGUACCUGCUCAGGUGCACGUGAAUGGGGAUGCCACGCUCAAGGACCGGGAGACGGACAUCCUGGAUGACGAGAUGCCCGGCCAUGACCUGCACAGCGUGGACAGCAUCGGGACCCUGUCCUCCUCGGAGGGCCACCAGUCCGCCCACCUGGGCCCCUUCACCUGCCACCAAAGCAGCCAGAACUCCCUCCUGUCGGACGGGUUUGGCAGCAACCCCAGCGAAGAUGCCCACGGCAGCCUCGCCCCUGACCUGAGCCUCGGCGUGGACGCCCUGUAUGAGCGGGAGCGGGCAUUCGGGAUCCGAGACUCCAAGCAUCCGCAGCCGGUGCUCCGGAGGCCCUCUGUGUCUGCCCAGACGCGGGCCUACGGACAGAGUGGCUACUCCACGCAGACCUGGGUGCACCAGCAGCAGAUGGUGACUGCCCACCAGUACAGCUUCGCUCCCGACGCCGAGGCCAGGCUCACCGGCCGUGGCCCGGAGGAUGGCUCUGGCCUGGUGCAGGCCCAGCCCAGGGUUCCGGUCACCCCCACCCGGGGGGCGGGCGGCAGAGUGGCCCUCCAGAGGGGCAUGGGCCCCGCGCCCCAUGUCCCCGAUGCACAGCGGCCCCCUCCCGGCAAAGCGUGCAAGCCCAGGUUUCCAGACGUCAGAGUCGUGAACGGGACUGGAGCGGAGCCGAGCACGGACCCCUCCCCAGGCUCACCCACCCUAGACAUCGACCAGUCCAUUGAGCAGCUCAACAGGCUCAUCUUGGAGCUGGACCCUACUUUUGAGCCCAUCCCCACCCACAUGAACACGCCGGGCAGCCAGGCCAACGGCCCCAUGCCCCCUGAGAGCGUGGGCGGCAGGCUGCGGGUGAGCAGCCUACAGGACGCGGGAGAAGGCCCGGGCAGGGCCUCCGUGCGGCAAGGCUCCUCGGGGGACGAGCCGCUGGGCGGAAGGUUCCGGAAGCUGAGCCUCGGGCAGUAUGACAACGAUGCUGGGGGGCAGCCGGCCUUCUCCAAAUGUGGAUGGGGAAAGACCCCCGGUGCGGACCAGGCCUCAGGUCUGGCACCUUUCCUCUCUCCAGCAGACGCCAAAGAGACGGUGGCCGCCGCGUACCCCUCAGACCCCAACGGGAUCAGCAGCAGGACCUUCACUCCAACCAAGGGUGACUCUGACUCGGCCUGUCCCACGCCAGCAUUUCCCGUGUCUCCAGAAACACCGUAUGUGACGACACCCCCACAUUAUCCGCCGUUCACCCCGCCUGGUCCCCCCAUUCUGAGCCCUGCCAGCCAGAGGGGGCAUAAAGGAGGCAGGUCCCCAAAUGCCAGGGGCUGCGCUGAGAUCCUGCAUCGCGCGGUGGGGAUGUCCGAGAGCCCCGUGGGGCCCAAACCCGCGAUGCUCCAGGCCGACAUGCCGGCGGCACCUGCCUUUCAGCGGGCGUUCACGUCCUCCUGCACCAUCUCCAGCAGCAGCCCUGGCCAGCAGCGGGACAGCCCUUCAUCUGCCGAGCUCCCGUGGGUGGAGAGCAGCCCCAAAGCCACGCUGGCUCUGCUGGGGAGCAGCCGGCCGGCAGGAAGCCUCCUUGGCUCCGGAGAGUUCCCCAGCCCUGGCCCCGAUGGCCCUGGGCGGCCCCACCUCCCGCCCGCGGAGCUCCAGGCCUCUUUCCACAACCACGAGCUGUCGCUGGCGGAGCCCCCCGAAGCUCUGGGCCCCCCGAGUGGCCAGGCCUUCCUGAGUUUCAGCACGGCCCCCGUGGGAAGCGGCCUUCCCCCCGGGGAGGACCCGGGCGCCUUGCUGGCUCAUUCCCACGGAGCACCCCAGGCCCCUGGCACCCCGCGGACAACAGCAGUGGCCGACAACGGCUUCCUGUCCCAAGGCUUCCUCGUGACGCCUGACCACAGUGGCCACCACAGCCCAGGACUGCCGGGCCAGGGCCUGACUCUGCCUGGGCAGCCGCCCCUUCCCGAGAAGAAGCGAGCCUCAGAGGGGGACCGGUCUUUGGGUUCGGCCUCCCCGUCCUCAAGCGGCUUUUCCAGCCCGCACAGCGGGAGCACCAUGAGCAUCCCGUUCCCAAACAUCCUCCCGGACUUCCCCAAGCCUUUGGAGGCUGCAGCGCCCUCCCCAGAUAAUCCGGGUGAUAAGCAUGUGUCUGUGAACUUUGUCCAAGACACAUCCAAAUUCUGGUACAAGGCAGAUAUCUCCAGAGAGCAAGCCAUCGCCAUGCUGAAGGACAAGGAGCCUGGCUCGUUCAUUGUCAGGGACAGUCACUCCUUCCGAGGGGCCUACGGCCUGGCCAUGAAGGUGGCCACUCCUCCCCCUUCCGUCCUGCAGCUCAACAAGAAAGCGGGAGAUCUGGCCAACGAACUCGUUCGGCACUUUUUGAUCGAGUGUACCCCGAAGGGAGUGCGGUUGAAAGGGUGCCCCAACGAACCCUAUUUCGGGAGCCUGACGGCUUUGGUGUGUCAGCAUUCCAUCACGCCCUUGGCUUUGCCCUGCAAGCUGCUCAUUCCAGACAGAGAUCCGUUGGAGGAGAUAGCCGACAGCUCUCCCCAGACGGCGGCCAACUCGGCCGCAGAGCUGCUGAAGCAAGGGGCAGCCUGCAAUGUGUGGUACCUGAACUCCGUGGAGAUGGAGUCACUCACAGGCCACCAGGCCGUCCAGAAGGCCCUGAGCCUCACCCUCGUGCAGGAGCCGCCUCCCCUGUGCACGGUCGUGCACUUCAAGGUGUCAGCCCAGGGCAUCACCCUGACGGACAACCAGAGGAAGCUCUUCUUCCGGAGGCACUACCCCGUGAGCAGCGUGAUUUUCUGCGCGUUGGAUCCACAGGACAGGAAGUGGAUCACGGAUGGCCCCUGCUCGAGAGUCUUCGGGUUUGUGGCCCGGAAACAGGGCAGCGCCACGGACAACGUGUGCCACUUAUUCGCGGAGCAUGACCCAGAGCAGCCUGCCAGUGCCAUCGUCAACUUCGUGUCAAAGGUCAUGAUCGGCUCCCCUAAGAAGAUCUGAGCCCCUCCCAGCCAGAGACCCGAGCGGGGCUGGAGCGUCCCCCGCGUAGCAACUGGCCAGCCUGACGUUCCAGCCCCAGGAGGGCAAGGGGCUCCUUCUCCGGCUUCAUGGACACAAGGACAGAUGGCACCCCCCAGUCUGCUGU